GCUCAUCUCUAAUGACACUAUAGCGCGCUGCUCGUUUUGCAAGCUAGCCGUCUUUGAAACACAGUUCCUCGAAAAUCAAAAGGAGGUGAUGAGAUUCCCUAUCGAUGGCUUCCAGAACGCGUAAUACCCGCCGUACGCAGAAUGUGGCAGCAUCACAAAUUGAGGACGAUGACGAACCCGGUCCGAGUACGCGCCGAUCUGCUGGACGCGGUCGGAGAUCGACACCACAGCCAGAAGUGGAGAGACGCGAUGAAAAAUUGCCCGCCAUACUUAAUUACAUAUUGCGUCAUAUUGCGAGCAAAGUGCCCAUAAAAAUGAGCCAACUGCAACAACUAUCUGGUGGCAACAACAACGAACAAAACCAACGUGUGGCGGCCGUCAUGGAACUGCUGAAGGAGCAUUAUGGGAUUGAGCUAAAGCAGCUACCGGGUCCUGGCAAGAGACUCAUUUGCAUAGCCGACUCGCCUAUUGCAUCCGCUUAUGAGCUGACAAAACAGCAGCGUCCCGUCUACACAUUGCUCUACAUAAUCCUCACUUUCAUCUUCAUGCGCCAAAAUGUUGUUGAGGACGAACAACUUUUCCGUUUCCUUAAUCUCAUGAACAUUGAUGUGAAUGAGACGCAUAGCUAUUUCGGUGAGAAUUUGAAGAAACUCAUCGAGGAGACAUUUGUAAAGCAGAUGUAUUUAAAGCGCGAACGUCAGCCAAUUACUUCCUUCAGCGAACCAAAAAUCCAAUUGAGUUGGGGUCCGCGUGCUGAGGCCGAAAUAUCCUUUGACGAUAUUAUUGCCUUCUCCGCCAAGCUGUUCCGCGAGGACCCAUCGUUCUUCGAUCAGCAACUGAAUAUGGCUAGAAGAUUGGCCAAUCCGGAGGCAUAUACACAGAGGACUCCAAGUGAGACAUCCUCUGUGGAUUUGGACAAGGAUUGGACGGAGCAAGAUUUGGAUCUGUCAGACGUCGAGGCUUCACAAUUGGAAAAUGAACUAGGAUAGCUAAAGCCAAAGAAAAUGUUUUUUCUUAAAUAAAUCUAGAUAUAGCUGCUAUUGCUCAUACUUCUAUAUAUUAUUUAAACACAAGGAAAUAAUUUAAAAGAAAUUGGGCCUUCGCUAGCAUUAUGUAAAUAAUCUUACGCAAUUCAAUGGAUAAAGUAUAAAAUUACAUUGUGAGCCACUUGAGAUUUUUACAAAACUCAGCCACGAAUACAUAUUUCAGAACAAACACUUCUGGCUAACUGUUUAGAAUCCAACACAAUCCUGAAACUAAAUCAUCGCUUGUCAAAGGCGAGUCCGCCCUCUUAACCAAAUAAAAAUACACACCAGCUGGAA